AUGGUUCCCGGGUACUGGGGCUGCUACUAUCCCGCCCCAGCUGCUGGACACCAUUCAGGUCCCCGAGGAGUACAUGGGAGCCCUGCGAAUCACAAUGAUGGCGGUAGACAUCCGAAGUGCUUCAAGCUGAUCUUUGAGGACGACACGUUUAGGCAGGUGGAUCUCUUCAACCCUAAGCCUAAGAGGAGCAGGAGAUUCUUCGCACUGAUCUAUGACUUCUUGGUGUUCACGGACAGCGUGUUCAAGGAAGUGGAGGAGCGGGAAGAAAAGGUGGGUGCCCUCGCUGAGCAGCGGGACAAGAUGAGGGCCAAGCUACACAAGAUGAAGCAGCAGAUCCAUGAGAGGAGGAUGGAGAACGAAAAGAAUCAGCUGGCGAAGGAAGAGGACAUGAGGAGAGUUGAAGCCAAGACGGAGGAGCUGCAGAGGUGCCAGGAGGAGAAGCUAGCUCUGAAGGCCCAGCUUGAUGCACUGGGACUCUCUCUGGCCAAGCUGGACAUAGCCAUAAAGGACACUGAGCUCAGGACCAUGGAGGUGGGUGCCCUCGCUGAGCAGCGGGACAAGAUGAGGGCCAAGCUACACAAGAUGAAGCAGCAGAUCCAUGAGAGGAGGAUGGAGAACGAAAAGAAUCAGCUGGCGAAGGAAGAGGACAUGAGGAGAGUUGAAGCCAAGACGGAGGAGCUGCAGAGGUGCCAGGAGGAGAAGCUAGCUCUGAAGGCCCAGCUUGAUGCACUGGGACUCUCUCUGGCCAAGCUGGACAUAGCCAUAAAGGACACUGAGCUCAGGACCAUGGAGGCUGGCAGUGAGAAGCAGAGGCUGGAGGGCCUUGUGAUCCAGGCCAGCGAGGAACAGGAGAUCAAGAAGAGGGACGAGAAGUUGGCAGUGCUCAAGGAGGACAACCAGAAGAAGAAGGAUCAUCUGGCCCAGCUGCAGCAGAGAGCCAGCUUCAUCAAUACAACCAAGGAGAAACUGGACAAGCUCAUAGCAAUGCUGCAAGAGAUCCAGCAGGAAAAGUCAAAGGAGAAGGACAUCCAGGCAGCCAUCCAGAAGAGGGUCUCCCAAGUCACCGAACUUCAGGAGGAGAUCAAGGACCAAGAACAGAGUAAUCUGCAAUUAACUCAGCAGCUCACAGCCUCAGAAACCAAGCUGCAACACAUCCACCAGGCGUGGGACCUCAAGCAGGACAGCCUCAACAAAGAGAUCAAGGAGCAGAAACACCACCCCUGAAUGGAGCGCCGUGGC